AACUCCGUGUGGGAGGAAGUUGCUAUUUCCGGUCCGAGGUGUGACACCGGUGGCGCCUCCGCUGCCACCGUGGAGGGUUGUGACAGCAGCCAGGAUGACACCGUGGAGCGCACGCGGGCUGCUGCGGCUCUAUAAGAGUCAUGACGGGCUCACACAGCGGCACAAACAGCGGCGGACACGCACGACCCGCUCACGAACGCACCUGGAGCCACCGGAACUACGUCAUGGGCGUCAUCAUCUCACGGAUCUUCUCCAGGUUCACGUCCAAGACACCUGUGCGGAUCCUGAUGGUGGGUCUGGAUGCAGCAGGUAAAACCACGCUGCUCUACAGGAUGAAGCUGUCUGAGGUCGUCACCACCGUCCCAACAAUAGGUUUCAAUGUGGAGACGGUCGAGUACAGAAACAUCAGCUUUACAGUUUGGGAUGUGGGCGGUCAAACGAUCAUCCGACCCCUGUGGAGACAUUACUACACUAACACACAGGGGCUGAUAUUUGUGGUGGACAGCAACGACCCCGAGAGGGUGAAGGAAGCUGCUGACGAGCUGCACGUGAUGCUGGAGGAGAGCGAGCUGAGGGAUGUCGCUGUACUGGUUCUGGCCAACAAACAAGAUCUUCCCAGAGCCAUGUCUGCCAGCGACAUCACAGCAGUCCUGGGUCUGUCCACAGUGUCACAGCGGUGGUUUGUGCAGGCGUCCUGUGCCGUCAGCGGGUCGGGUCUGGUCCAGGGACUGGACUGGCUCUCAGAGCAGAUCCUGGAACAGUAACGUGUGCUCUGGUCGUCUGCUUCCUGUUGGAGACAGCUGCUCCUCUGUGAAAAGCCUGCAGAUCCAUAUCCACCUCAUCACAACUACACAUGGUUUUAUUAGUGCCAAGAAUUAAAAAACAUGUCAAAGCAAAGAAUUUAUUUAUAGAGUUAAAAGUAGCGAAACUUGAUUUAAUCCAGUGACACUGCAGCUGAGUUAAAUCAAAGUAAUGAACAAGAAGCAGCAACAGUUCACAUUUGUGCAGAACGACUCCUCAUCUUGUAGGAGCUUUUACUUGUAUCCUGGAGAUACACGUAUACUUGACGCUGCACUUUUUCUGUCACAUGUUUAGAUAAACUGCUUGAGACAAGAGGAAAAUGAGUUCAGUGCACUGAUUUCUCUUGGUUUGAGCAUUAUUAGAUUUUUAUUUCAUGUUUACUAGUUUUACUCUGGAAAUAAGAAGCACCUGAAGAUAAUUUAUAUAAAAUGUGGUUGAAAAAGUGAAAGCUGAUUUAUGUACAGUUCAGGUAUCUACAAUGUUUACGUUUGUUUUUAAUUCAAAUAAAACCUGUUGGAUCUAAAAAUGAUGCAUAUUUUUUGUACUUCCAUACUUUGAUCUAGAAAUCAUGUGUUAUAUAUACACUGUAUGUUAAUUUUAUUUCAAAAUAUAUAAAUAAAGUAAUGUUUUGCA